AUGGAACAAAAGAAUUCUACACAACGUUUAGAAUUUCUUCUUGUUGGGUUUUCAGAGGACCCUGGAUUACAAUCCAUCAUCUUCUGGCUUUUCCUCACCAUGUACCUGGUCACUGUAAUUGGUAACUUGCUCAUCACGCUGGCGAUCACCUCUGAUCCUCUCCUCCAUGUCCCCAUGUACUUUUUCCUGUCCAAUCUCUCCCUUUCUGACGUCUGCCUUACCACCACCACCAUUCCCAAGUUGCUAACGAACAUACAGACUCGGAGAAGGUUCGUUUCCUAUGCUGCCUGCAUCACACAGAUGCAUUUUUUCAUCCUUUUUGCGGGACUGGAAAACUUUCUUCUGACCGUGAUGGCCUAUGACCGCUUUGUGGCCAUCUGUCAUCCCCUGCACUACACAGUCAUCAUGAACCCCCGGCUCUGUGUGCUGAUGGUGCUGGCGUCCUGGGCAGUGAGUGUCCUGCAUUCUUUGUUACAGUGUUUCAUGGUGUUGCGGCUGUCUUUCUGUUCAGACUUGGAAAUCCCUCAUUUUUUCUGUGAACUGAAUCAAAUAGUCCAACUGGCUUGCUCUGACACCUUUCCUAAUGACAUGGUGAUGUAUUUUACAUCUGUGUUGCUGGGUGGGGGGCCCCUGGCUGCCAUCCUGUAUUCUUACUCCAAGAUUGUGUCCUCCAUCCGGGCCAUCUCUUCAGCCCGGGGGAAGUACAAGGCGUUUUCCACCUGUGCGUCUCACUUGUCUGUGGUCUCCUUGUUUUACUGUACAAUCCUGGGUGUGUACCUCAGUGCUGCAACCACACACAGCUCACACCCCAGUGGAGCAGCCUCAGUGAUGUACAGUGUGGUUACCCCCAUGCUGAACCCCUUCAUCUACAGCCUGAGGAACCGAGACAUUCAGAGGGCACUGAGAAGAUUGCUGGGAUUACAAGUGUGA